AUGAGCAGGCAUUCAUCAGACGAAGAACCAACAGCCAAGCGCGCAAAACUCCCCACAACAGAUGAGAUAUAUCUGGAUACAAUUGAUCGGAAGAGACUAGAUUUCGAUUUUGAGAAAAUCUGCAGUGUAACAUUAUCAAAUAUUAAUGUUUAUGGAUGUCUUGUUUGUGGUAAAUAUUUCCAAGGUCGUUCCCACUCAUCAAUAGCCUUCAAUCAUAGUAUCAAUGAAGAUCAUCAUGUCUUCAUAAAUUUCAACAAUCUCAAGAUUUAUGUCCUUCCGGAGAAUUAUGAAGUCAAGAGUACAAUGCUGAAUGAUAUAAAGUAUCAAGUGUUACCAAGUUAUACAGAACAAGAUUUGAAAAAAUUUCAAGAUGAGGGAUUUAAGAGUGUUGAUUUGAAUGGUAAUGAUUAUAUCCCUGGUUAUAUUGGGUUGAAUAAUAUGAAGGCUAAUGAUUAUUCUAAUGUUGUCAUACAGGCAUUAUUCCAUGUUCCUUUGAUUCGUGAUAAGCUAUUAUUGAGUAGUUUAGAUAAUUUCAAAAAUGAAAUGAACAAAAGAGUCAUCAUACUGAUUAAGAAACUAUGGAGUUCAAGGUUGUUUAGAAACCAUAUUUCUCCGCAUGAAUUAUUACAAUAUAUUUCCAUUUUAUCAAAUAAGAAGUUCAACAUUAAUGAACAAAAAGAUCCAAAGGAUUUCCUAGUGUGGUUUUUGAAUUCACUUGGUAAAAGUUUUAAAGAAGAUGGUGAAGGUCUUAUAUCGAAGAGUUUCCAAGGGAAAAUACAAAUACAGAGUAAGAAAGAAAAUGACGACCAAGUGAAAGAAGUUGUUACAAAAUUUUGGUUAUUGAACAUAGAUCUACCACCAAUACCAGUUAUCAAAGACAAUCAUGAGGCAAAGCAUAUACCACAAGUGAAAUUAACUAAAUUGUUAGAUGUGUAUCAAAAAGGUGAAGAAGUUUUGUUAGCCAAUGGUGAAGUUCGAAAAUACAAGAUUUUAAAACUUCCAAAAUAUUUAAUAUUACAUUUUGAUAGAUUUAAAGAUAAGGCAUUAAACCUUGAUCUAAGUGUUAAAGAUAGAAAUCAAACAAUGGUGGAAUUCCACUUGGAGAUUGAAAUUUUAGGUGUCAAGUAUAAAUUGAUUUCAAAUAUUAUUCAUGAUGUUUCAGAAUCUCAGGAUGAAGAUCAAAGUGAUUGGAAAGUUCAAUUAAAACAUCAUUCUGAAUGGUUUGAAAUUGAGAAUUUAAUAGUGAAACCAAAAGAAAAGGAGUUUUUGUUUUUGAAUGAAACUUAUCUACAAAUAUGGGAAAGAGUUUAA